UCUUGUCUCUCCGGGCCUCACCCGAUCAAACCAAAGACCAUGGUGCACUGUGCCGGCUGCAAAAGGCCCAUCCUGGACCGCUUCCUCUUGAACGUGCUGGACAGGGCCUGGCACGUCAAGUGCGUCCAGUGCUGUGAAUGUAAAUGCAACCUGACCGAGAAGUGCUUCUCCCGGGAAGGCAAGCUCUACUGCAAGAAUGACUUCUUCCGGUGUUUCGGUACCAAAUGCGCGGGCUGCGCGCAGGGCAUCUCCCCUAGCGACCUGGUGCGGAGAGCGCGGAGCAAAGUGUUUCACCUGAACUGCUUCACCUGUAUGAUGUGUAACAAGCAGCUCUCCACGGGCGAGGAGCUUUACAUCAUCGAUGAGAACAAGUUCGUCUGCAAAGAGGAUUACCUAAGCAACAGCAGUGUCGCCAAAGAGAACAGCCUCCACUCGGCCACCACCGGCAGUGACCCCAGUUUGUCUCCGGACUCCCAAGACCCGUCGCAGGACGACGCCAAGGACUCGGAGAGCGCCAAUGUGUCUGACAAAGAAGGUGGCAGCAAUGAGAACGACGACCAGAACCUGGGGGCCAAGCGGAGAGGGCCGCGCACCACCAUUAAAGCCAAACAGCUGGAGACGCUGAAGGCCGCCUUUGCUGCUACGCCCAAGCCCACGCGCCACAUCCGCGAGCAGCUGGCUCAGGAGACUGGCCUCAACAUGCGCGUCAUCCAGGUCUGGUUCCAGAACCGACGCUCCAAGGAACGGAGGAUGAAGCAGCUGAGCGCGCUGGGCGCCCGGCGCCAUGCCUUCUUUCGCAGUCCGCGUCGGAUGCGACCGCUCGUGGAUCGCCUGGAGCCGGGCGAACUCAUCCCCAACGGGCCCUUCUCCUUCUAUGGAGAUUACCAGAGCGAGUACUACGGGCCCGGAGGCAACUACGACUUCUUCCCGCAAGGCCCCCCGUCCUCACAGGCCCAGACGCCGGUGGACCUGCCCUUCGUGCCGUCGUCCGGGCCGUCCGGGACCCCCCUGGGCGGCCUGGAGCACCCGCUGCCCGGCCACCCACCCCGGUCCGCGAGGGCGCCAGCGGUUCACCGCAUCCUGGCGCAUCCCCCCGGGGACUCGCCCAGCCCCGAGCCCAGCUUGCCCGGGCCUCUCCACUCAAUGUCGGCUGAAGUCUUCGGGCCCAGCCCACCCUUCUCGUCGCUGUCGGUCAACGGCGGGGCGAGCUACGGGAACCACCUGUCUCACCCCCCUGAAAUGAACGAGGCGGCCGUGUGGUAGCGGGGGUCGUGCACGGUCCGCGGAGUUCGUGGUUGUACAGAAAUGAACCUUUAUUUAAGAAAAAUAGAAAAAAAGAAAAAAAAAGAAGUCAUCCCCCUACUUCCUCCAGCCUCGGGGACCAUUUUCCGUCUGGGGAGACCGGACGGAAAAGGGGGACACGAAAUAGGAUCCAAAUCCGCCUGGAGGUGGGACCGGAAUCCAUGCGCUGGCCGGCAAGGUGCAGAAAUGGGGCUCCCGAAGGAAAAUGCAGACCUCGCCCCACCUCCCCCCUGGACCCGGAUCCUUAGACAGACGCCGCGGGCGUGAGUGCCAGGCCGCAGGCAGCAUAGAAACACCCACGGCAGCCGCGGGGGCGGCCAGCCAGUUAUGACACCAGGAGCCGCGGGGAGGGAGGCUGUGCUCGCAGCCGCUUGAGGGAGGUGAAGCAGCCGGGGGCGCUCCCGGGCCAGCCAGGAGGGUUCUGGCUCUGGGAAAUCUACUAGUGUUGUCUCAGAGUUCAGCAACAGCGACAACAAACUCUUAUAGCUUCAGAAACACCGACCUGCUGUGCAUCAGGUGGGACUAUAUAUAUAUAUUUUUUGUCUAUCUGGGUUUUUGGUUUUUGUUUGUUUGUUUCUGCCAAAAUUGCAAAAUUCUAAAUGUAAAGCCCUCAGUAUCAACUCUUCUACCUUUACAAAACUACACACACAGACACACACACACACACACUCCAUAGGAUGGAUGGUCUCCAGACAGACCUCUCAGUAAAAUGACUUGAACAUCAGCUGUACAAGAAAAGUAUUCUACCUUCACACACACACAAAUUAAAAAAAAGACUAUUGAAUUAAAAACAGUCAACUGUUUACGUAUAACGUUUAAAUUCAGGAGUUCAGUGUUUUACUAAUAUAUCCUGUUUUGAAACCUCUUGUUCAAAACAAAACGUUUUGAGCAAUCAACCAAAAUUGUUCAUUUUCUUUUCCUGUAGAUGUUCUGACAGAUUUGCAGGGCUCACAGCUCACUGUGCUAGUAUGUAAAAAGGUGUUGUUUACACAAGGCAAAGAAAAAACAUGAUAUUCAGACACUUGCCAAAUAGAAUAAUUAUAGCACAAAUACUGUAAUGGUGCUUGGCACCACAACCUGAGAAAGUGUUAAAAAAAAAGUGUUACAAGGUUUAAAAAAAACAUCUUUGGUAAUUUUUAGUCCUGUUGAACAUUCAUGGAAUUGUUAAUAUGACUUAUAUAGACCCACACAGGUUUUAUUUUUGUGUCUUUAAAAUAAAAGUCCAAAAUAUUUAAAUUUUAUGGUCAAAUAUGCAGUCAACAGCUGCUACUUUUUUCUUUAUAUAUUAAAUUUCUCAUAUGUCUUUUAUUGUUCUGAUAAACCUAAGCUUGUGUGACCUCCAGUGCAUAUUAGACCAUUCACUGUAUGAAAGAAAACAUGUUGAAUAAAUUUGUGAGUUUUUAAUAAAAAUAGAAAAUCUGAUGUUUA